AUGGGCACCUGUGGAGUGGCGCCCGUUGCCUCCCCAUCAUCGUUGAAAAACCCAGACACCUCCCGCAAUGAAACGCUCGGUGUGAGCGACGACAGACUUCGAAGAAAAAGGGAUGUCAUUUUAGUGCAGCAUCCUUCAAGCCCACAACGUAGCAAGUGUUGUGAGACGGCAGAUCAUGUAGUUUACAAUGGGGUGGUUGUUCCAAAUGCCGAAGGACACGCCGUGUGGAACGGAGUGUUCACCCAGCAAAUAGGCAAGAAACUGGGGAAAUUGCCGAGCAUACAGCGGCGCAGAACUGAAGCUCCCUCAUCAGCACAUGAAAACCACCGCACCCAGGUCGGUCAACCAUAUGACAGUUGUAAUUUGGUUUUCGGAUCAGAAUUAAACCUCAUAGCCAGCGACAGUGUACGCGACUGCAGAAAAGCUCGGUUCGAGAAGCGAUGGAAAGAGGCUGUACAGUUCCACAGGGGAAAACGCAAGGUCAUGAUGUCGGUGGGCGAAUCACCUCCGAAUGAGUCAAGAAAUCAGCGAUUGCUUGCCCGUAGGCAAUUUGAUAAUGAGAACGUGUUGAGGCAGUGCUCAUUGCAAGAUCAGAUCCGAGAUAAGUGUGAAUUCCCGACCGAGCCGGUGGUGGUAUCUGUGCGUUGGCUACCUAAGCAAGUUCAUGGUCGCUCCACUGCCAUGGAUGAAACCAUGAAUAAUUCGUUUGCUUUGAGAAGAUGGAGUAAACACCGUUUUGUUCGAGCUGUCACUUCCAUCAUCAAGAGGAACAGGUUACUCCGCCGUUUGGCAACCCUAACGCAAGCUGUGCCCUGGCAGUGUUCCUCCUCAGCUUCGAUUUCAUCGACAACUGGUCUAGCGCGAAACGGCUCAGCCAUGAAGUUGUCUGAUGACGAUAGUGAGAAUGGAGAACAAGGAGAUGUUUCUAAGAAGGCGAUUCAUUCUGUCCUCCUUCGUCGGUGCACAACAGUACAACGCCUGUUCCAGAUUCCUGCAACGACCCACACGGUCCCUCCCUGGUUCUGUGUGAAAGAAAGAGUGAAUGUAGCGGACUUGAUACAAUGCGUCAAAGAAUACAACAAUAUGAAACCGAUUCCACAGAUAGACUACCAAAUCAUGGGUUUGCGAGAACAUCCCAUCCCGACCUCAGCUUGGCACCUCGAACAGAGCGAUCGAGAACUUGUCGCAGCUUUGCUUAGACCACAGAAUCAUUCGUUCUCAGGAGGAGCAAUAGAGAAAACAGCUGACGAAAAGCCAAGCUUGCCAAUUUUGAAGUUCGAUCCACCUGUUAUAAACGGCGUGUUCUUCAUGACCCCUGCAACCGCCGAAUUCCGGCCUCUUGUUCCCUUACCCCGAUACGUCGAAACAGACCUCGGGCAUUGCUUUCAAAAAGUAAGAUACUGUUGCUUCGAGAACUCGAAGAAAGACGUCAAUUCGUCAGUUCACUCUGCAGAAUGA